UCAACUCACUCUUUGAUACUGUCGGGAAUGGGUCGCUCAGUGUUUCCGACCUGGGGAGCACGUAAGCACGACAGCCUUGUACUCGGCCGUAAGCGUGGAGUAUCGUGAUCAAGCACAUACACAAGCUUUCUAACUUAGCUCAUCAAGCUUUCUACGACAUAAAAGAGGGAGCCGUGGUGACUGCAAACAACCAGCGAUCUAUACCCUCACACCAUCUGCCUCGUUGGUUGAUUAGCGUAGAAUAGGCAGCACAUUAUCAUCUCAUCCAAACCACCCUCAGAUGGCCCCCAAAAUCGCAAUCAUUGGUGCUGGCCCGGGAGGCUGCAUGCUCGCACGCCUUCUCCACCAGUCCAAUGCUCACAUCCCCGUAACCAUCUUCGAAGCGGAAGCCUCGGUUAACUACCGCUCACAAGGCGGCACCCUGGAUCUCCGGUCAAGCACCGGACUCGCAGCAAUCAAAGAAGCAGGCUUAUGGGACGAGUUCCAGAAAUACGCACGCUACGAUGGCGAAAGCCUCCUCGUAACCGAUAAAAACCUCGUCACAUGGUUGCGCAGAAGCCCCAGGAAGAACGCCAGUGAUGGGAAGACACCCUUGCAGGAAGCACCGGAGAUUGAUCGCAAGGACCUGAGAAAGAUGCUCAUGGAGAGCUUACCUGAGGGUGCAGUGCGCUGGGGGUUCAAGCUGUCGAAAGUAGAACAAUCUCCCGCCGGUAUAGAGUUGCAUUUCGCCAAUGGAGAAGUAGUUGGGGGUUUCGACUUGAUUGUUGGCUGUGACGGUGCAUUCAGCAAGACGCGCUCCUUCCUGAGCCCAGAGAAGCCCUUCUAUGUCGGUCUGGGCGGUUGGGCACUGGGCAUCCCUGAUGCUGUUCAUACAGCGCCAGAAGUGUACAAGUUGGUGAAUCGAGGAAGUGUAUUUGCGUACAGUGACGGGAAGAGCCUAGCUAUCCAGCAGCUCUCAGACGAAAGUCUACAUGUCUCGUCCUACGGAUCCUACCCCGAGGACUACACACAGUCGUGUGGUUUCGAUGCACAGGACCUGGGCGCUGCAAAGUCGGCUUUGAAGCAGGCGCUACACGAGUGGUCACCACAGCUCCUCGACGCAGUCGACAAAACUCAAGGCGCAGUCGCCUGGCGCAACCUCUACCAACUUCCCGUAGGCUUCACAUGGCCGCAUAGACCUGGUAUCACUCUUCUGGGAGAUGCUGCGCACUUGAUGACGCCGUUCUCUGGCAUCGGCGUAAACACGGCUUUCUACGACGCGAUGCUCUUAGCCCAGUCCAUCACAUCUCACACGGUGUGGGAAUUGGAGGUCAAAGACGCGAACGACGCCCGGACGAAAGAGCAGCUGCAAGCUGAUUUGGAUGAAAGGAUCGUAGAGUAUGAGAAUAAGAUGUUCGAGCAGGCACACAAAGCGCAACGUCACACUGCAGGCUCAAUGAACGACAUGCUGCUCACCCCCGGCGCGCCACGCACCACGAUCGAAUCCUGGAUCUUGAGACACACAAAGGAUGAUAUUCCCGCUUGGUUGUAUCCGAUCGUCUCAACAGUUGUGUAUGUAGGGUAUUGGGUUUAUAAGUGGUUUGUAUAAUAUGUACAGUAGAAUCACUCUAGUCCCCUCUGCGCGCUCUCAUUUCCGCACCUUGCCCGUCUCCUAUCCCACCUCAACUAUCUUAGUCAUGUGUUCGCAAUCUAGCUUUGCGACAAGGUG